AUGACCCUCCCUCACAGCGAUGCCUACGACCCGGUGCCGGCGCCCGCCAAGGACGACGACGUGUUGGGGUUCCAGCAGUACCCGCCGGCGCAGCCGGCGCCGCUGGCACUCCCGCCGCCCCACCCGGCGCUGGCGAACCCGCUGAAUCACCAUCCCCAGAGCCAACAACACCAGCAAGGCCACCACCAGCAGGCGCCCCAGGCGCCGCCGCCGAUGCCGCUGUUGCCGCCGGUGGCGGCGCCGUACCCGCCGAACUUGCCGCCGUUGGCGCCGUCGCAGUACCCCCAGUACGACGUGGCCCCCGCCGACGACUGGGGCCACCACGCGCCGCCGCAGCAGUACCAUGACGUCGCCCUCGCCCCCUACCAGGCGCCGGCGCUCCAGUUCCACCACCACUACCCUCCGCAGCAGAUGGAGCUCGCGGGGUACGGGGCGCCGCUGAUGAUGCCGAUGGCGCCGGCGCCGCCGCAAGACAUCGGCAACCAGGUGCCCCAGCGCAAAGUGGCGCCGCGGUCGCUGGACUUGUUCAGAGUGGGGCCGCCGUUCAGCCACUUGCGCCACCACCACCAGGUUUUCUCCCACGACCUGGCGACUCCGGUGACGCCGCGGUUGCUGGCGCGGAUCGACCGCGGGUUCGAGCUUGACGACCAGGGGACGUGGAUCGGCUACAAGCGCAACUACUUUACGUUGGUGGCGGCGUUUCAGUUUGACGGGUUCGACUUUGACCGGUUCAUCGCCAACGAGUACUUUGUCAGCGCCAGCGACCGCCACGGACGCGAGGUGAAGCGCCCCGUGCGCUACUUCGCCAUCCGGCUCGUCGCCAAGUGCAGCGACGACGAGGUGCAAAUCAGCUUGAUCCAGCACACCGCCAAGCGCGACAAGGGCCCCCAGUUCCCGCCGCCGAUGUACCCGGCGGUCCCCGGGAACUUGCCCGACCACGAGACGGUGAAGGCGAGCUGCAACAAGCGCAACGGGCUGAAGAUCGAGAACAUGAACCGCAUCUUCUACUACCAGCGCCAGCGCGACUUGGCCCACGUCGGCGCAGGCGGCGCCCUGGUGUUGGCGUCGUACCCGCUGGACCUGAUCGCGCGGGUGGCGCGCUUCGAGCGCAUCCAGUUCACCCUGCUGAUCCGCAUCAAGCUGCUGCUGAUUAAUACCCGCUACUUCACGUUGCACGUCGAGUUGUUGGCCGUCGUCGACGACGACGAGUUGCUGGCGCAGCCGGUGGUGGUGCUGCUGGUGGAGCUGCCGCCGUUGAUCAUCCGCGGGCGCCUGCCGCUGAACUACCACAAGGAGCGUCCCCAGGGGUUCUUCCCCCGCGGCGACGCCCACCCGCACCACCACCACGACUGA